AUGUCUGAAAUCCAAGCCCGGGAUCCAUUUGACUCCGUUACAAAGGGAUGUUUCGUAAUUCUGCCGGGAGAACCCGUAGAAUUUAAAAAAAGCGCGUCGAAAGCUGGCAUGUAUUCACACAAAGAUGAUGGCACGUACUAUAAUCCCUAUCAUCGUGAGUACUUUGGUUUUCAGCGACUUAUUGACGGCACAGAAUCCGUAGAGACACUUAAAUUGAGAGUCAAAGAAUACGAAAGAACAUGGUCUGAGAUGAAGAAUAGGAUUGAUAGUCUUCUGGCCAAUAUCAACAAGUUUUCGAUAGAAAACAUUGUUAAUUUCGUGACCACUGCAUAUAAUGAUGUCCACGAUAUAUCCAACUUACAAAAUUUGAACCUACCAUACUGCGAACUACCGACAGCUUUGGUAUUCGCAGGGGUUAACAUUCCCGAUCACGAUGUAUUGUUCAAACAAAUUGCUUGUACAUUACAACGAAAUGGUCAUGCUGUAGCCACUCUGAGGUCAGCAGACUGUUCUAAUUUAAAGAAUACCAUUAGUCAUAUGAUUGAACAAUUAAUGAACACGCAAAAGGAUUACGAGAAGGACGAUGACGAUGACGAGGAGAUAGACGGAAAAAUUGUCUUUUUUAAAAGAGCAAAGUGUGGAUCUCGAUUGUCCAAAUAUGACAUGCAAUUACUCGCAGGAUGGUAUGAACAUAUAUGCCAGACGACCAGUUGCAGUAAUAAUGGUUCGAGACUUGUUGUUAUAAUACAAGAUUUUGAAUGCUUUGAUCCAAAACUAUUGGAGGAUUUGAACAACCUUUUUAUUAUCAUAAUCCCGCCUUCUAUCGUUGAGAACAGUGAAUAUAGAGAACGACUCCCGAUAGUUUUUUUAAUAGGCAUUGCCACAAUAAUAGAAAUAUUACACGAUACGCUUCCAAAAUCGACCUUGAGUUUAUUAAGAAUGGAGAAAUUUUCUCUACUGCAGCCUCAUCAAUGUUUUAAUCUACUUGUGAACGAGGUAAUCAUAGAAGAAUCAAAAGGGAUAAAGCUUGGUCUAGCGCCAUUCAAAUACUUGACGGAUACAUAUUUAUUGUUGAAUUAUUCGAUUUCGUCUUAUGUGUCAAAAUUGCAGUAUGCCGUCAUGCAUCAUUACUACGCGAAUCCCUUAAGUUUCUUAAGUAAUAUCAAUCGAGAAGAGGCUCAAGCUAGACUGCGUCUGCUGACAGAUGAGCAUUUGGAAAUUAUCCGAAUGCAGGCAUCUUUUAGAAAAUUCGUCGAAGCGCGUUUGCCAAAUUAUCAAGAAGUCGUGAAAUUAUUAAAAGACAAUAAUUAUCUCAAAUCAUUAAUUCCCGGAUUUAUCGAGGAGAUGCAGCUAUAUCAGAAGAAGUUUUCUAUAGCAUUUAAUUUUAUUUAUAUAAUACAAAACUCAUUAAAUGAGCCGUCCAUGAGGAAACAGAAAUAUUAUCUAUAUCUCAUGGCAUUACAGGAAACGAAUGGACUAUGUGAAUCCGAUUAUGUUAAAUCCGUUGUUUUGCACUUGAGGAAGCUUAACUGCAUGAAACUAAGGGAGAUUGUCAUUGCAUGCAAGGAGUAUAUGAGCCAACGAGUUGAUGGCAUAGUUGAACUGAUGGAAACAAUAUCUCUACUGGAAGGCUUUGCUGAGAAGCUCGGUUCGAAUGAUGCUAAUAUGAGUGGAUUAGAAUGUGAACCGCUAUCUAUCGGCGAGCGUCUUGUUAGCAGAUCGCGAGCCAAAAUGAUGAGAAAUAAAGCGAAUUCCACCAAUGAUGACACAAAAUUAAGCAAAGACGUCGUAGGAUUUUUUGAGGGAUUUUUUAGGGAUAAUCUUAGACAUUAUUCAUCAAUUCCAUUGCACGAACUUACUUAUUAUGAUGCAGUUAAUUUGCUCAAGAAGGCGUUCAAUGCACAACCGCGAGAGGCAUUACAAACAGCACUUGGUCAGCCGAGUCAUUACAUUCGUUGCGAUUGCUGUCUUGAAGAUCAAAGCGCUCUUGAUGAAAUACUACCAACACAAAACGAUACGUGUAUAUUGUAUAAACUAUAUCUGGAAUUUGGAAGAUUAAUUAAUUUGUAUGACUGGUUUGUUGCAUUUAAGCACGUGCUGGAUAAAGCAGGACCAAUCGAAAUGAACGAGGCGCAGUAUCCUUUGCGUAACAGAUUAAUGCUGAAUUUCGUUGCAGGCGUUAUUCUUUAA